AUGCAGUGUUACAAAGCUUGUCUUGUUGGUAACGGAAAUACAAAACAGCAGGGCAUAUAUUGUGAUAAAACGUUUAGCCAUGUGGUUAAACCGGCUACUAUUAGAGCAGUUCUCCGCAUUGAUCUCUCUAAAUCUUGUAAGUCAGAUCACUCUUUAUUCGUUUACAAGAAUGGUUCUGCUAUUGCUUAUAUUCUGUUAUAUGUGGAUGACACUAUUAUUAUUGCUUCUUCUGACCAUCUUCGUAAGCAUAUUAUGGCUCUCUUGUCUUCUGAAUUUUCUAUGAAAGAUCUUGGUCAUCUGAGUUUCUUCUUGGGUAUUGUUAUUACCCGUAACACCUAUGGUGUCUUCUUAUCUCAGACCCACUAUGCUACAAAAAUUAUUGAACGUGCCAAAAUGACUAACUGCAGUCCCUAUCCUACUCCUGUUGACACUAAGUCCAAACUUAGUGCAACUGUAGAUACUCCGUAUGAUGAUCCGACUAAGUAUCGUAGUCUUACAGGUGCUCUUCAGUAUCUCACAUUCACUCGGCCAGACAUUUCAUAUGUCGUGCAGCAGGUCUGUCUUCAUAUGAAUGCUCCGACUAAUGAGCACAUGCGUGCCCUCAAGCAUAUUAUACGCUAUCUUCAGGGUACUUUAACCCACGGUUUGUAUUUGUACAAAUCCUCCGUUAAUCGACUUAUCUCUUAUACAGAUGCUGAUUGGGGUGGGUGUCCUAACACCCGUCGUUCCACUUCUAGGUAUUGUAUUUUUCUUGGGGAUAUUCUGGUCUCUUGGUCUUCCAAACGACAACCUACUCUCUCCCGUAGUAGUGUAGAGGCAAACUACAGGGGUGUUGCUAAUUUUGUUUCUGAUUCAUGCUGGAUCUGA